GCUUUUCCUCCGCAGUACAGAGAAGGCCUAUUUUCAGCACCUGAAUGGGGCCAACACUGUCGUGACAGGUAACUUUGUGUGGUCAAGAACUUCUGGGCUCUAGAGUCAGUUCCUUUCAGACACCAGCAUGGUUUGAGGUGGACAUUAAGUUAUGGAUAACUUUGAGUACAGCAUCCAGAUCAAUGACCGUGACUGGGCUGAAUUUUACCAGACAGCAGAGGAAUGUGAUUUGAUGCAAGUAUCCCUUGCCUCUGAUGAGGAGGUUUUAUUUAGUGACCCAGAACAUGAAGAUCCCACACACCCUACCCUCAGAAACAAGCAAAAGAUUAUCAAAGUUAGCUUAUGUCCACCACAAGAGGAACAACAAGCAGUGGAUCCAUCAAAACACAAAACCUACAACUGGAUAGUCACUAAUGAGGAUGUGAUGUCAGGGAGUGAAGAUGAAGGGGAUUUUGGAUCAGUUACCAAAUUUCUCUGUCAAAAAGACAAUUCCUUGUUCAAAGUGAAGCUAGCAGACCCUAGUAUGUACAUUCCAAUACCUACAGAAGUGGAAGAGCAGUGUAAACUGAAUCAAUGCACUGACAUAUCUCCAACAAAUGACGUGAAUGACUAUUUAGUGGACCAGAUGAGGACUCUAAAUAAGCAUAGAAAGGAAAUUCCAUCUAAUGUAGCAGGUCCCAAUAUACAGAGAAACACACUCCCUGAAAUAUAUAAUAACAUCGAGAACACAGACAGUUUAAAUAACACGAAUCCUCGAGAAGGCCAGUCUGAAUCUUUAGUCAGCAAUACAGAGGGUUCAGCGCAACUGAAUAGUGGUGGUGACUCACUAAAAUGUGAACAGCAGGUAACUCAAAUACAACAACCAAUAAAUGGUUUGCCAGAUACAGGGUGUGACCCAGACAUGGCCACUGGGGAAGAUGAUAGUUCUGGUUGCAUUCACCAUGACACAUUAAAACAUUGUGAGAGUGACAGUCCUAAUGAAACUAGUGCUAGUCUAUAUAACUCUGUACAAGAAACACAAGAACAUCUGGGACAAAUAAAAAUUACAAAUGAAAUUGCUCAGCUACAAAUCAGUGGAGACUCACAGGAAAGUAUGAAAGUGCUUCCUGAAUCCAAACCAAGUACAUUAAUACAAUUUUUUCAUAAGCCAAAGGAGUGCACUGAAAAAUCAACCCAGACAGACAUGCCAACAGAGGGUGUUCUACAUUUCUCCUUCACAAAUUCAUCAAAGCUGCAAAAGAAUAUCCCAGACUUCUACACAGAGAAGUUGAAUUUAGGCACCCCGGUCUUCAACCGCCUGACUAGCACUAGAAUUUACAAUGCAUCUCCCAAAGGAAAUCAAACUGUAACCUCCAGCCAUUCACCAAAAAGUCUUUUAGACAGAGUCUUAAGCUUUGUGAGCCCCUCUUUGCCACCCCCUUCAGCACCCCCUGUAGACACUGCUGCCCUCACCAUUCCAGAAAUGUAUGACUUUUUUUACAACGAUAUUUCAGAAGUCAAAAGCACGGACAUAAAUUCUACAACUCAGAGCAGACACAAAGAAGGAAUUAUGUACACACCUGAUAUGUAUGAGUAUUUCUUCACAGAAAACAAUGAAGGAAAAAAGCAAACAAUGAUGAAGGAAGAGACUAGGACAAGAGUAAAGUCAAAUUUGGAUUUGGGAUUUGUAUCCGAUGCAGAGACUAGAGCAAAUACUGGUUCAGAAGAGCUAUGUGUGCCUGAGGCCUAUGAGUUUUUCUGUACUGAUGGAGCAGAGGAUCAGCAGAGUGAAGGGAUUGUGUUUGGCAUAAAAACCUUUGAUGCACAAAAGGCUGCUGCGGCCCUCCAGUCCAUUAUGCCUGAAGGUUUGUGCAGAGGUAGAAAAGGUCAUACUGCAAGAGCAACCCAUCAGAUAAUAUUAGGAAAUGGAAAGGGUAGUACUGGAACCCAUCAUAACACAAGUCUAGCAAGAACUGGUGUUUCAGCCCCCCCGGUGUCCCCGGGCAAAGGCGAGGCAUGUCUGAUAAUGCUAGCCAUUGCAUCUUGGGCUUUGAAAUCUUCAGAUAUAAACUCAUCAGACAGUUGGAAAGCAGCUCUCCUGGCAAACCUUGGUGCCAUCUCUGCAAUUCAUUACCUACGCAGACAAACAACAGAAGGACUGCUAGGAUUUUCAACUGAUAAUGGAGAAGUUGAUUGAAAACAGGGCGGUUCCAAGAUGGGCAGCACAGGACUGAGUUAUUUCGGUCUUGACAGGAGCAUUUGCCAGGGCCUUAACUAAACUUGGAAAUAAACACAGAUUGCACAUAACAGACUGAUCUUAUGAAAUAUGCUUUCUUUUUAACUUUUUAUUUUCUUUU